AUCACUCACCAAAUCCUUUCGAGCAGUUGCGUCGAUCGAAUGGCUCCUCGCAGCCUGUUCGAUGCGAGGACGCUGCUGACGACGGUGGCGCUGGUCCUGGCGAGCCUGCCCACGCUCUCUCUCGGCGCGCGGCGGCUGCCGGGCCAGCUGGCGGAGGCCACCGCCCCGCCCCGCGACGAGAUGUCGUACCACGGCGGCGCCGUGCUCCGCGGCGAGAUCCCCGUCUCCAUCGUCUGGUACGGGCAGUUCAAGCCGGCGCAGAAGGCCAUCGUCGUCGACUUCCUCCUCUCCCUCACGUCGGUCACCGUCGACGCCACGCCCUCGGCCGCGCAGUGGUGGGGCACCAUCGACAGGGCGUACCUGUUCAACGUCUCGGCGAGCGGCGGCGCCUCGAACGCGACGACGACGCGCGUCGUCCUCGCCGGCCAGGUCGCCGACGAGCAGUACUCGCUCGGCAAGUCGCUGACGCUGGUCGAGGUCUUCCAGCUCGCGGCCGCCCUGGUCCCCGGCGACGGCGCGCUCGUGCUGGUGCUCACGGACCCGGGCGUGGUCGUCGAGGGCUUCUGCAGCGCGCGGUGCGGCCUCCACGGCUCCGACGACGCGGGCGCCCGGUACGCCUACGUCUGGGUGGGCAACGCCGAGUCCCAGUGCCCCGGGCAGUGCGCGUGGCCGUUCGCGGAGCCCGCGUACGGGCCGCGGGGCCAGCCGCCGCUCGCCCCGCCCAACGGCGACGUCGGCGUCGACGGCAUGGUGGUCACGCUCGCCAGCAUGGUGGCCGGCGCGGUGACCGACCCGCUGGGCGACGGGUACUACGAGGGCGCCAGGGACGCCGCGCUCGAGGCCUGCACGGCCUGCGCCGGCAAGUUCGGGAGCGGCGCGUACCCCGGGUACCCCGGGAAGGUGCUCGUCGACGACACGACCGGUGGCAGCUACAACGCCGUCGGCGCCAACGGCCGGAAGUACCUGCUGCCGGCCGUCUUCGACCCGGCGACGUCCGCUUGCUCUACCUUGGUGUAGAACGCACGUUGAGUGGUAUUUCCUGGUGUACAUAGAACAUAGCAGUGAGAAACCGACAAGUCCAUGUUAAAAAAAACUUCGAGCUCGUAAAUGCAACACUCGAAUAA